AUGAUCGAAACCCUGUUAUACAUGAAGAUCUUACUCAUGCUACACUUGUUUGGAGUGGCUCUGCCCAUUUUGGGACUCCCUCAGCCUGAGCCUCUCAAAUAUCACUAUCCCCCAGAGGUAGCAAUUCCCUUGAAGUUAAGUGGCACUGACAGAAGAAUGAAGAUUCCAGGAUGGAUCUCUUAUAGCCUGCACAUUGAAGGUCAAAGAUACAUUGUCCACAUGAAGGCCAAGAAGAAUUUGAUAGCCAGAAACUUGCCAGUGUUCACCUAUACAGACCAGGGCAUUCUACAUGAGGAGCAUCCUUAUGUUCAGAGUAACUGCUACUAUUAUGGCUUUGUGGAGGGGGACCCAGACUCGCUAGUUGCCAUGAGUAAUUGCACUGGGGGCUUUCAAGGGAUGUUAGAGACAAACAACAUUACAUAUGAAAUUAUGCCCAUAACAUCAUCUACUACAUUUCAACACUGGGUAUUCAAGUUAUACAGUGAGGAAACAGCAAAUGUCAGCAAAUCUGACAUUAUGUCAGAUAAAAUUCCACCCUCAAUGGAGUUGCAAGAGAUGGCCAAGUCCACCCUGAGCCAACAUCUGCCUACUUAUGAAGGCUGGUGGGUCCACUAUAGGACUGUUGAAUAUGCAAUGGUGGCAGAUAACAGUAUAUAUAUCAGAUUUGCAAUGAAUGAGUCAAUGCUGAUGAAAGAGCUAUUUGCUGUAUCAAAUAUAGUGGAUACAGUUUUUGCUCCUCUGGGUAUUGAUGUAUUAAUGUGUGGUUUGGAGAUCUGGACUGAAAAAAACCCAUUUACAACAUAUAAUGGAGCGCAGUCUCUGAAACUAUUUUGCAGAUGGAAAAUGAUCCACAUUACUCCUCGAAUACCUCAUGAUACUGCGCACCUUUUUAUAAAUAACCAUCUCAGAGGACUAAGUGGAUUAGCACCUGUUAAAAGCAUGUGCAAUCCACCAUGGAGCUGUGCAAUUGUUACAUUCAUAGACAGAACUACAACCCUGUUUGCAAUUGCAUUGUGUCAUCAUAUAGGUCACAAUUUGGGCAUGGAGCAUGAUAGCCCAACAUGUAAGUGUGGGCAUUUGAAAUGUUUAAUGCAUGAAGAUAAUCCACCGACACCUAAAUUUAGCACAUGUAGUUAUCAUGCUUUUUUUACAUAUGUUGAAAGGAAUGCAAGGUGUUUGAUGGAAACCACACACAUGAAGGACAUAUUUACCUUGGAGCGUUGUGGGAAUGGCAUUGUUGAACCAGAAGAAGCAUGUGACUGUGGGCUUUUACAGGGCUGUGAAAAAGAUCCCUGUUGCAUGCCCAACUGUACUUUGAGUUAUGGGGCUAAUUGUGCUUUUGGACUUUGCUGUAGUAAAGAAUGCAAGUUUUUGCCCUCAGGGAAAAUUUGUAGGAAAGAAGUGAAUCUGUGUGAUCUUCCAGAGUGGUGCAAUGGAACUUCUCAUAACUGCCCUGAUGAUGUAUAUGUGGAAGAUGGAAUUCCUUGUAGUCAGACCUCCUACUGUUACGCAAAGGAAUGUAAUGACCGCAAUGAACUGUGUAGGGACAUUUUUGGCUCUGAGUCAAAGAGUGCAGAUCAUAUUUGCUAUAAAAACAUGAAUGUCCAAGGGACCCGUUUUGGUCACUGUGGCUUAGAUGGUGCUUCCUAUAAAAAAUGCAAUAUCACAGAUGUCCUGUGUGGCCGAGUACAGUGUGAUAAUGUGUCUGACCUUCCCAUGUUGACAGAACAUAACACUGUGCACUUUGCUAAUUUCAAUAACAUCACGUGCUGGGGUACUGAUUUCCACCCUGGCCUGAAAAUACUUGACAUUGGUGCUGUAAAAGAUGGCACAGAGUGUGGUAUGGAUCAUAUCUGCAUCCGUAGGCAGUGUGUGCAUAUCUCCGUGUUAGAUAGCAAUUGCUCUCCUUCAUUCUGUAAUAUGAGGGGGAUCUGCAACAAUAAACAUCACUGCCAUUGUAACUAUUUGUGGGACCCUCCCAACUGUGAGAUAAAAGGCUAUGGAGGCAGUGUUGACAGUGGCCCACCCCCCAAGACAAAGCGGAAAAAGAGAGUUUGUUACCUGUGUAUUUUGCUGCUUAUUAUUUUGUGUAUUUUAGUUUGUACUCUUAUCUAUCUUUGCGUAAAGGAACUAUCUAAGAAGAAAGAAAGAGAAACAAGAAGAUCCCAAAGUACAAAGAGCUUUGUGUCUCACCACAAACCAUCUGUAUCAAGAAUGUCAUCAGUAAGAAGCUCACGGUUUUCAUCCAUUAAAAGUUUCCGCUAA